AUGAGAAACAGUUAUCUCCCAGUUAAAUCGGUUUCCAAAUUUCUGGAAACAGCAACUCCAAAGGAUGAAGCGGCAUGCCAAAGAUCUUGCUUGGAUGACUGCAGUUGUGAGGCAUAUGGGGUUAUCGACAAUAAAUGUCUACUUUUGAACACUGAGAGCUUGAAUAAUAUAUCAAGUUUCUUUCUUUCGGUAGAUCCUAAUAAUCUGACAUUUCCAUUAAAAAUCAAAGUUUCUGCGUCCGAUCUUUCUAACAAUACUGCAAAAAUCAAUACCAAAGUUCUAGUAGGAGGAAUCGUUUCAGGAUUUUGUGGUCUUGUGUUUCUUUGUAGCAUUGGCAUUAUAUUCUACAGAAGGACGAAGAGAAAAGGAAGCAGAGAUAUAGGGGGGAAUUUUGAACUUGAGUUUCAAGACAAUGGAAGAAAUGUUAGAUAUUUGGUAGAUCCAGGGAUAUUAAGUGCAGAAGAAAGAAAAGGAAUCGAUGUACCUUUCAUUGAAUUCAAAACCAUAUUAUCUGCCACCGACAAUUUUUCACUUGCAAAUAAACUUGGUCAAGGGGGAUUUGGGCCUGUUUACAAGGGAAUGCUUCCUGGAAUUGGUGAAGUGGCAGUGAAAAGGUUGGCCAGCCAAUCAGGACAAGGGCUUAAGGAAUUUAAAAAUGAAGUUGUCUUGAUUGGCAAACUUCAACAUCGCAAUCUUGUUAAGCUCUUGGGAUACAGCAUGAAAGAUCAUGAAAUGAUACUACUUUAUGAAUACAUGCCUAAUAAAAGCUUGGAUCGUUUCAUAUUUGAUAGGACGCUUUCUGUGUGUCUUGAUUGGGAUUUACGGUUUGAUAUCAUCAUGGGGAUUGCUCGAGGACUUUUGUAUCUUCACCAAGAUUCACGAUUGAGGAUUAUUCAUAGAGAUUUGAAAGCAAGUAAUGUGUUAUUAGAUGAAGAUAUGAAUCCAAAGAUUUCAGACUUUGGUUUGGCAAAGAUAGUUAAAGGACGAGAAACCGAAGAUAAUACCACUAGAGUUGUUGGAACCUACGGUUAUAUGUCUCCCGAAUACGCGUUGGACGGAUUGUUCUCGGUAAAAUCUGAUGUUUUUAGCUUUGGAGUAGUUUUACUGGAGAUUAUUAGUGGGAAAAGAAACACCGGUUAUUAUCAUAAUCAACAAGCCUUUAGCCUUAUAUCCUAUGCGUGGGGUUUGUGGAAAGCGAAAAGGCCACUUGAAUUAGUGGAUCUAGCAUUAGUGGAAUCAUGCAACUCGAUUGAAGUGUUGAGAUGUAUGAUUGUUGGGCUAUUGUGCAUACAAGAAGACCCUGGAGAUCGGCCAACAAUGGUGAAUGUGGUUUUAAUGUUGGGGAUGGAUAUUGAGAGCCUACCGGAUCCUAGAGAACCAACUUUUGUGUCAAAAAAAAGUAUUGAUAGGUUGCCAUCAUCUUCUAGUAAGUCAGAAAUUAAUCAGCUGACUAUUACUCAAGAAGAAGGCCGAUAA